CUUAGUAGAAUAUUUUUUAAGGUUAAAAUUAAUAGUCGCUGAGUAUUUGCCUUUUUCAUAACUCAGUUAUCGAAAUCAGGAUGUUUGAGAUGAAGAACUAAAUUUCGUUGAAAUAUGAAAAAGAUGUACUGUUACGUAGUUCUUAUUUUUUGUGUAUUUGGAAUUUCGACAAGUAAAUACAUACAAUUCCAGAAUAACUACGAAUACUGGUAUAAAUACACCUCUAAUUCUACCAUACAUGACCUUGGGAACUUCAGAACUGAUGCUAAGAUAAGUUUCACGACCAUUAAUGUUACAGAAGAGGUUCAAGAAAUCUUACUGAAGGUCAAUUCGUUUUUUGUUGUUUCAGAGGCACACAAAGAAAAGGGUGCUGGAAGUGACAAUUUAGAUUUCACAAAUUGGUUUUCCUUUGAAAUCAAACGAUCAGGAGAGAUACUCCGCGUAUUCCAUGAUCUUGAUGAGCACCAUGAUGUACUGAUAGCUAAAAAAGGCUUUGCUUCACUGUUUUCCUCAAAACUACAAAAUUCGAAUAGUGAUGUUGCAAGUGAAUGGGCUUAUCAAACAACAGAACAUGGAAAUGAAGGCCCUCACAAUGCAUCAUACUCUGUCAUUAAGACUGCAACAGGAAUCCAGUUCAAGAAGUUCAGACACAGUACCCCAAUUCCUAAUGCAAAAGGUGUACAUCAGAAGGUUUUGCAUUUUGAUCAUGAUCUUGGAACAAUUAAAAGAGUUGUGGUUGAAGAAGAAUUUACAUCUCCUCAGAUAGCAUCUGAUUUUGAUGCAGAAAAAGGCAUGAGGAAGGUCAAAGCAGUUAAUGACUUCAGUAAUAUGGAAAAUCCAAAAAUAACAGCUACCAACAAAGGAGAAUUACAAUUUUGGAAAAAAGAAAAAAUCAAGGAAAAAUCCUACAGACCUAAAGAUGACAUUGUAAUCGAUAGUAUACACAUUGGUAAUUACCAGAGAAAGGAGUACAACGCCCAAAAACUUGCCAAACUGAAAGGCACAAUUAAAAGCAAUUUAAUCUGUAUUAUAACUGAACCAGAAAAAGGAUCUCCCAAGGUAGCUCCAUGUUUCCAAAGUAUGUUAGAAGCUUUAGCAUUAUUGCCUGAUAGUGAUCAAAAGGAACUGGCAAAAGAAUACUUUAUCCCUUCAAGAUCUAUAAAUCAAGAGGAAACAAAGAUUAUGAUAGAUGCCUUUGCCAGUCUGUCUACAAAUCUAAGCCAGAUAUUGUUAGCCAAAUUCAUCGUUUACUCUAAAGAACCAAAACCUGUAUUUGUUAUGAGAUUGUUGUCACAUAUACCUACCAUCGGAAAACCACCUCAUCAGAGUAUUUUAUCUGCCAUCAAGGAUCUGUGUUUCAACAGGAAUACAUUUCCAAAGUCAUUAUAUACUGAAGAGCUAUACCAAAAAUCAUUUCUUAUUCUUGGUGCCAUAACUAGUCAGUUGACAAAAGCUGGAGAUCUGAAAAUGGCAUCAGAAAUUACAGAAAAUGUCCACCAGAAAUUAGGAUAUCAUGAUCCUUAUAGCUACAAAGUAAAACGUGCUACACAGACAAGAAAACAACAGGAUGUGCAUGACCAGUGGAAGGUUGUUCUUCUGGAAACACUGGGCAAUGCUGGAAUGGACUCUUCCUAUGAAUAUAUUGUUUCUCAUGUCAAUGCAACAAAUUCUCCAUGGAUUAAACGAGCUGGACUUCAUGCUCUUAGAAAAUAUGAACAUGAGAUGGUUACUGAUACCAUGCUUAAAGCAGCUUUAUAUGAUGAAGAUGAAAAUGUUCGACAUGCAGCAUUGUUGCUGUAUCAAGCACAUCCAAAAUCCAAAAUGAUUUCCCCCCUUAAUAAAAGUUGA